AUGGAGCCAAUUAAAAGGUGUGCUAAACAGUCCGAAGAUAAGAAGCCAUUAACAAUAACUAUCACUGCAUGCAAAAAUAAGCACGUUCAUAUCUGUACCCACGAUGAUUGCUGCCCAGAUAUAACCCAACAAGUUAAUAACCUAUUAAAAGAAGUAGAAGCAAGUAAUAACAAAAUAAAAAGUAAAGAAUUCGACACCAAAUCAGAAGAAGCAGAAGAAGUUAAUAAUAAAUCAAUAGAAGAGGAAGAACUCGAUAGCGAAACAGAAGGAGAAGAAGAACCUAAUGACAAAAUAGAAAUAAAAGAAGAAGAAGUUAGUAACAAGACAGAAGAAGAAAUUAGUAACAAAACAGAAGAAGAAAUUAGUAACAAGACAGAAGAAGAAGUUAGCAACAAGACAGAAGAAGAAGUUAGUAACAAGACAGAAUCAAGUAAUUGA